ACGAGAAGAUUCAGCCCCAAGGAAAAGAAAAUAUUUUCAAAAUCAAAAUUUUCGAAAAAUUAAUACUACUAAACUACUCUUUACAGUUUUUUGAUUUUUUAAAACGCCGAUCUGGUUGGAAUUUGUAUAUUUAUCUGAUUAUAAUAACUUCAUAAAGAUGGGAUUCCCUCAACAUAUAAUUCUACUUCUCCUCGUCAGUUCCAGCCUUAGUCUUGGGCUUGGUGUUAGUGAACCACUUGUGGGCGGUGGUUCACUUGAAGAGUCUUCAGGGUCAUCGUCGUCUUCUAGUACAACUGGUCGUGGUGUUAGUCAUCCCUGGAACAGGAUUGAGGGAAAAGUAAUUGCUCCAAUGGAGAAGAAGACUAAUGACUGGCUUAUUAAUACACAAAUUUUCGUCAAUGGAGGCGAACACAUUGGUCUGUUGAAAGAAGACGGAUCUUUUGUUGUUGAGGGACUUCCCGCAGGAUCGUUCGUAAUUGAAGUUUUUCAUCCACUUUUUCAAUAUGAGUCUGCUCGUGUGGAUAUCACAUCAAAAGGAAAAUUAAGAGCAAGAAAGGUCAACUAUAUUCAACCUGCACUGGUGACGCAUCUACCUUACCCUCUUCGACUCAAUCCUACUGGACCUUAUAAAUAUUUUAUUCCUCGAGAACAAUGGAGAGUUACAGACGUUCUAUUUUCCCCUAUGGUGCUAAUGAUGGUUUUGCCGCUUGUACUCAUCCUUAUUCUUCCCAAGAUGAUGUCUGACCCAGAAACGAGGAAAGAAAUGGAAGCUAUGCAAAUGCCCAAAUAUGAGAUGCCCGAGAUGUCGGAGGUGCUGGCUAAUUGGUUUGGAGGUGGAUCUGGAAGUUCAGAGGAUAAGAAGAAGGCAAUCAAAGGGAAAAAGAAUAAUUAACAAAGGGUUGUAGUAGCUAGACUAUAUUCAUAGUUAUCUGUUUUAAACCUUUCUUGGUCUUUUUUUUUAACAAAGACAAACAAAAGGACUCCAAAUUUUUUUUACGUAUGCCCCAGGAACACAUCAUGUCAAUGGUAUCAAGAGAGAAUAUUUGUUGUCCCACCUUCACUCUUCACUAUUAUCGUCAAAUCAAAGCCUAGGAAUAUAAAUUAUUAUUCGAACCAUAUAAAUAAAUAGGUUGUAAACUAACUAAAGAACCCAAGUUGUCACUCAGUAUUGAUGUCAGUCAGAUAUUGGGAAUAUUGUGAUCCAAACAAGUAAGGAAACCUUGUAUAAUUUUAUUAUUAUUAUUUAAAACAUAAAUGUCUGCCUGUCAUGUGGAUGAUUCAUUUUAAUCUUUUAUCGAUUAAUUGCAUAGAUGAUAGUGCAGAUGUCUUAUCCUGUAAUUAAUUGAUAAUUAAUUAAGUGCCUCCUUGUCAUAAUUAAUAGUAAUAAUUGUCUCCGUAUGUGUAAAUAUUAUUAAGAAGGUCGCAUGUUUAUUGUACAACGGUUUUUAAUGAAACAUUUAUCAUGUUAUAAAAAAGCAUCAUACAAAUAUAAAUAAUAAUAAAUACCAAAGUCAGGAUGUUGGAUAACCGA